AUGUCUUUAGUGCAUGGUCAGACGAACCUAAACGAAUCCAAAUAUCUUAUAGAAAGAACAUUUAGUUCUAGUUCAGAAAACGUUCCGUUAUCGAAGGAGGCAACAUAUCCCAUACCCAAUGCAUACAGUUUUUCUACAACUAGGAGCAACAGUGAGACAAACAUAAAAAGAGAGAAAGCACGCGGUUUCGUGGAAGAACCUGCCAUGAUCUCUAUGCUUCAUAAUUUGACCAUGUCCACGGGAAAUGGGAAGGGGAAUGAUACCAACUCUUUAACUUCGCACGAUGUGGACGUUGGUCCCUAUUGCCUUUUGUUGAGAAAUUUGCCAAAAGAUAUCACGCUAAGAGAAUGCUACUGUAUAUUUUCUUUAGCCACAGGAGUAUCAAGCAUAGAGCUUAAAAGGGAUGAUAGAGAACCCUCCAAUGAAAAUGAAAAAGUUGUGGUGGUGAAAUUUGGAUCACUGUCUUUAGUGACUCACUAUGCUAAUAUACUCAAUUCGAAGUCUGAAAUUUUUGGACCCAGUUUCCCCUUCCGGUCUCACAUUGACGUAGUGAACGAGCAGACGCAUCUUCCAGUGAGUUUUCAGGAGCAUGUUUUAGCUAGCACUACAAAUAGCUCUCCAAAGAAUUAUCAGUUAUCUUCCAGUGCGCAAAAUGAAAUUCAAAAUCAAACUUUUAGUACUAUACCAUAUGGGGGAUCUAGUUCCUCUCCAUUAGGACAGUCAGCGGCAAAGAUGAGGCCUUCGCUAUUGUCUGAAAGAUCCCUACGUUUUUCAUUCAAUGAUCCAUUCGGUUUGGAAACAGUCUCUCAGAGGAAAGAAUCUGUACCGUUUCUACGAAAUAGCAUCUCACAGCACGAUUUAUCAAAUGUAACCACAACACCAGGUUUACCAGGAAUGCCAUCCCAAAAGGACACUGGAAAGUCACUCUUGCUUCUGGAAAAGGAUGAAAUAAACGAAAGUAUUUGGAAUGGCGAUGAAUUAGCUAAUGAUGCUGGUGAUUCUUCCUUUAGUGCAUCUUUACAACAGCCUCCGAUGUCAUCAACUCCUGUGAUGGAGUGGAACGCUUCCUCAACUACUAAUAUUCCUUUUUUCCAAUUGUCGAACCAAGAAAACCAUCAGUCCAACUUAUUGCCGUCAUCGCAUCAUUCAAUUGGCCAGGACGUUCCUCAUAUACAAUCACAGCCAAAUUUGAAUAAUUCAGGAGUAAUACAUUCCGCCAACUCCUUACCGCAAUACCACUUACUGAACCAAAUUAAUGGUGCCACUAACCCGCAUGGUCUACAACAGCAUGUUUCUAAUAUUCCGUCUAAUUUGGAACUUAAAUUCCAAACUGAAAAUGGCCACAUACAAUCUUCAGCCUCAAAUGGUUCUUCGAUAUUUAACAAUCAAAAGGUAAACCAAGGUUUCUUAGUAAACGAACAAGAUAACAGUUUACUAUCGCGACACAAAGAGUGUUCUUCUUCUACAGCUUCAUCCUCUGCAUUUUCGAAAAACAACGAAUCAAAUGUGGCAGGUUCCACAACUAUUUCACAGGCUGACUUGUCAUUAUUAGCCAAAGUUCCACCACCGGCUAAUCCCGCAGAUCAAAACCCCCCUUGUAAUACUUUAUAUGUGGGCAACUUACCACCGGAUGCAACAGAACAAGAAUUAAGACAAUUAUUUUCUAAUCAACAGGGAUUUCGUAGGUUGUCCUUCAGAAAUAAAAUGAACUCUCAUGGGCACGGCAACGGCCAUGGCCACGGUCCAAUUUGUUUCGUGGAAUUUGAGGAUGUUAGCUUUGCCACUAGAGCGUUGGCUGAACUAUAUGGUAGUCAACUUCCUCACCCCCGCCCUUCGCUCAAUAACAAAGGAGGUAUUAGAUUAAGCUUUUCGAAAAAUCCAUUAGGCGUCAGAGGCUCAAACAGUAGGAGUAAAACCGGUUAUAGCUUUAAUGGAAAUCAUGGUAAGUCGUAA